AUGCUGCGGAACCUGCUGCUGCUGGCUGCUCUGGCAGUCUCCUCGUGUCUUUGCAUAGUCCCCAAUCACUUCCAAUUCCGGCCCUACCUCAACAAGGCGUCCAAGCUGCGAGGGAAUGCGGAUGUCGCCAUCACGGCCGGAUUCCUCGAUCAGAACCUCGAUCAUUUCACCGGAAACGGAUCGGGAACGUUCACGCAGAGAUACUUUUACACGCAACAGUUCACUCUCCACCAGAGGACCGCCUUCCUCUACGUCUCCAAUGAGGGUGCCUUCGAGACUUCGGUCAUCACCGACGACACAAGUCCGAUUGUGAAGACGGCCAAGCAGUUCGGAGCCACUGUGUUCGCGUUGGAGCACAGAUAUUACGGACAGUCGAAGCCCAAUUAUGAGUGAGUAAAUGAGAGGUAUGAUCCUUCUUAUGACAUCUCUUUACAGUACAUUCAAUUCUACCAACCUUCGUUUCCUGACUUCAUACCAAGCAAUUAUGGACAUCAUUGCAUUCAUCAAGUAUGCGAAUGUAAAGUUCAACAUGGAUCCGGACGUUCGAUGGGUUCUUUGGGGAUACGGAUAUGGUGGAGUGAUUGCCGCGGAAGCCAGAAAAUGGGAUCCAGUUACUGUCUCGGGAGUCAUUGCCAGUUCGGCUCCGCUCACUCAUCAGUACGACUUCUGGAGUGAGUGACAAGACAAAAGAGAUUGAUAUAAAAUCGUUUUGCAUUUCAGAAUACAACAAUUAUGUGGACUUAGCCAUCAAACAGACUGGAGGUCUCGAGUGCUAUUGGAAGGUUCAACAGGGAUUCGCAGACAUUCGGGCGGCCAUGAGGACUCCAGAAGGACGGGCGAACGUCUCCGAUGUGUUCCAUCUGAAUCCCCGUUUGAAUGACACUGAUCUCAAUUACAACGACAUCCAAACAUUCUAUUUGGCCAUUAUUUCCCCGUUCCAACAGCUCGUUCAGUUCAACAAUGACGUGAGUCCGAUUCAGAAUAUUCCAGAAGACAUUCGACUGAUUCCAGUUCAAUUUGUCCAUCGGAGAUAUGUGCGGCACAAUCGACAAGAGCAACUGGACCAGCAUGGAAGUGGUCUAUCAGGCGUACGUCUACUUGAGUACCACAAUCACCGGAUCCGUCCAACCAAUGAUCACUUCUUAUCAGGAGGUUAUUGCCGAUCUCGCAGAUCCGAAAGCUACCAAUCCGUACAGUAAGUGACACGUGUCUUCUGUGAAAUGCUCAUCUUCUUCCAGUCGACCAACGCAUGUGGCAGUACCAAGCGUGCUCCGAAUUCGCCUGGUUCUACACGACGAACACCAACGAGAACGGACUGUUCGGAUCGGUCGUCCCCACGAGUCUUUUCCUCAAUCAGUGCUUCGAUUUGUUCCCCGACGCGAACCUCGAUGCCACCAUCAUCCGUGACCUCGUCAUCGACUACAACAACUUCUACGGAUCCGCCUCUAACUGGGCCGGCACCAACGCCGUCUUCACCAACGGAUGGUUCGAUCCGUGGAGCCGACUCGGCAAGGAAUCCACUGGUGACUUCUCCGUCGUCGCCUACCUCAUCCCUCUCGCCUCCUUCGCCAGCGACUUCUUCCCCGGAGACACCAACAACACUUUCAUCAACCAGGCACACUCUCUCUUCGCGGAGAACAUCAAUCGGUGGGUGAACGGACCGAGAAACCCGAAGACGUUUGUGAACACGACCGACCCGUGGAUCCGUCCGUACUGGGGCGAAUUCAUCGUUCGGGCUCAGGAGAUGCAGGUCAAACAAGAAAAUGCUGCCAGAUUUUCCAAGUUGGGAGAUGAUGUUCCGUCCAAGAAAACGUUCCCAGAGCCAAAGUUCAAGAAGGUGUUCCUUGGAAGACCACCACACGGAUUCCUCCCGGAUCCAGACUACGAUGAGACAGCCGCUUACCCAGCUGGAUUCGAAGAGGGAACCUUCCGACAGAGGGCCUCUCACUUCGACAACACAAACCCGAACUUCUUCCAACAGAAGUUCUUCAAAAAUGCUCAGUGGGCCAAGGCUGGAGGGCCGAACUUCCUCAUGAUUGGAGGAGAAGGACCGGAGAGCUCUCGAUGGGUGCUCAACGAGAACAUCACUUACUUGACAUGGGCUAAGAAGUACGGAGCAACUGUCUAUUUGCUCGAGCACAGAUUCUACGGAGACAGUUUGGUCGGGUGAGCUAUCAGAAAAAGAUCUCUCGAUUUCGAAUGAAUUUAUUUCAGAGACAACACUGCCUUUAACCAGUUGAACUCUCUAGAAAUGCUCUACGAUCUUGCCGAGUUCAUCAGAGCCGUCAACAUCCAAACCGGAACCUCCGCCCCGUGGAUUACUUUCGGAGGAUCUUACUCGGGAGCCAUGUCCGCCUGGAUGAGAGAAAUCUUCCCAGAACUUGUCGUCGGAGCAGUCGCUUCUUCCGGACCCGUCUUUGCCAAAACUGACUUCUACGAGUAUCUGAUGGUCGUUGAGAACUCGGUCCGCACCUACAGCUCCGACUGUGCCGACAGAAUCAAGACUGGAUUCGACAGUAUGCGUCAGCUGUUCCUCACGAAGGAAGGCCGUCAGAACCUGACCAACCUCUUCCAACUGGAUCCUCCGUUCGGCGACAAUGUCACUGACAUCGAUCAGCACUACUUCUUCUCCAACGUCUACGGAAACUUCCAAGGAGCCGUACAGUAUUCUGGGGACAACACCGGGCCGUAUGCUUACGGAUACGGAAUUCCGGACAUGUGCAGCAUCAUGACGAACGACUCGAACACUCCGCUUCAGAAUAUUGUCAAUUUCAAUGAGUUUAUGACAAUCUUCUACAACGGAGGUGGAAAUUACACGGGAAUGGACAACAACUAUCAGAAUAUGGUGGAUUAUCUGAUGAACGCGCAGAGCUACGGACCGGAUGCCGGGGCUGGCCUUCUGUGGACGUGGCAGACUUGCAGCGAGUUCGGAUACUUCCAAUCUGCCGACUCUGGAAACGGCAUCUUCGGGUCUCCCACUCCAGUCAAGUUAGUCUAAGGCUCUGAAUCUUAUUUCCAAUUAAAUAUUUCAGCAUGUACGUUCAACUGUGUCAAGAUCUCUUCGGAACCUACUACGACAGAACUACCAUUGACAGUGUCACCGAUUACACCAACUACAAGUACGGAGAGAGAUUCAACUACAGAGUACGUACAUACUUCUACUCCUUGUGGUAAUCCCUAACUUUCAAACUUUCAGGGUACAAAUGUGAUCCUCCCCAACGGAAACGUCGACCCGUGGCAUGCUCUCGGACUGUACAGCCCCACCGAUAGCUCGGUCGUCUCGUACCUAAUCAACGGAACUGCCCAUUGUGCCGACAUGUACCCGGCGAGAGACGCCGACGUUCCUGGACUCAAGAUCGUCCGUGACCUCAUCGACCAGAACAUCGCCACGUGGCUCAACCAGGCACCAUCCCCGACGACUGCGGCUCCGGACGGCUCCUCCACCACAAUCCAGUCCGCCACAAACCAAUCCACCACAAUCCAAUCCACCACAAUCCAAUCCACGACCCAAUCGGCCUCCUCCUCAACCGUUCUCAUCUCAAUCCUUGCUGUACUCGUUGCUAGAUUCUUGUAA